AUGUCAAUUGUUGAGUCCUCCGAAAAGCUUGUUCUUGCCAGGGUGGAUGAUGGAGUGAAUCCGAUGCAUAUAAUCGUCGUCUAUGCAGAUCCUACACCGACCGGACGAUGUGGGAUUUGGGAUAAGCUGAGUGAAGUGAUUGAGGGGAUCAGUGAAUCUUUUAUGGUGGGUGGUGAUUUUAAUAUUGUAGUACGGCUAGAUGAACGGUCAGGCGGUAAUGGACGUUUGUCUCCCGAUUCACUGGAGCAUGGUUCGUUGAUUAACGCUAACUCCCUGAUCGACAUGGGGUUUAAGGGCUAUAAAUUUACAGGGCGGAGAGGGCGUGUGGUUCAUAAUUAUGUGGCUAAGUUCUUGAACAGGAUGAGUCCAGAGGUUCAGUGUGAUCCGCGGCGGAGACCGUUUAGGUUUGAAGCUGCGUGGUUGUCCCAUCUUGAGUUUAAAGAUAUGUUGGCAUCGUCCUGGGAUAUAGCGAUUACAACACAAUUAGCUUUGCAGAGAUUGACAGUUACGCUUAAGAAGUGGAACUAUGAAGCAUUUGGAGAUAUCCAGAGACGGAAAGAGCGUCUGUCUGCGUCGAUUACAAGGGUGCAAGAUCAACUGGAAUUGGAUUGCUUUGGGGGAGAGGAAUACAAAGUUUUUUCAUACCUCCACUAUUAUUCGAAGGCAAAAGAAUAG